ACUGGAAACUUGUUAGGUACGUUUCUCUCCCAAUCUCUUCGACCUACCGCCAAAAUCGAAAGAUUCAAAUGCUUUAAGCAGAGAGCAGCUUCUGAAAGAGUAAAGACGAGUAAUGGAGGCCGAGGAGGAGGAGGUUCUUUCGUCUUCAGAACGUGAUGAUUCGAGCGAGGAAUUCCUUUGCGAGCCCGAUGAUGACAAGGAUUUCGAAUCUAAUAGCGGCGAUGAUGACCAGAAUGUAGAAUCUCACGCGGGUACCAGUUCGCCUGAUGAAGAUCGAAAAUCGCAAAAUGUUGAUGCUCUUGUGAGGGGUAACCUUAUUGUGAAAAGACAAUCCCUACUUCCACGAGUCUAUUCAGUGACAGAUGCAGCAGCCAAUCUCCGAAAGCCAUUCAAACCUCCAAGCUCCAAUGGUUACAGUAGUACCAAUGAGCAUCUAUCCCGUCGUCUUUGUGCUCGUAAAAGGUUUGUGCCAUGGGGGUCAACAAGGCCAGUGUUGCUUGCAAUUACAAACAGGCUGCACGCUCCAGAAGCUGCCGAGAUAGAUGUGGUGGAAGAAAAUGUAGAACUGCCACCUGGUGUUGAACCUUUGGUGUUGUGGCAGCCUGAAGAAAUUGUGGAGGAAGGCUGUAAUUUAGUACCUAUAAUUGUGGAUCCAUUGCUUGUUAAGUUCCUUCGUCCUCAUCAAAGGGAAGGGGUCCAGUUCAUGUUUGACUGUGUCUCGGGUGCACUUAGUACCUUCAACAUUAAUGGGUGCAUUUUAGCUGAUGAUAUGGGUUUAGGGAAGACUCUACAAUCAAUCACUCUACUUUACACUCUUCUUCGCCAGGGAUUUGAUGGAAAACCAAUGGUCAGGAAGGCAAUAGUCGUGACCCCUACCAGUCUCGUUAGUAAUUGGGAGGCCGAAAUCAAUAAGUGGGUUGGAGAAAGAGUUAAGCUUGUUGCUUUAUGUGAAAGCACCAGAGAUGAUGUUGUGUCUGGCAUAGAAAGUUUUAUUAAUCCACGUAGUAAUUUACAGGUCUUAAUUGUUUCCUACGAGACAUUUCGAAUGCAUUCUUCAAAAUUUAGUAAUUCUGGAUCAUGUGACCUUCUCAUAUGUGAUGAGGCUCACAGACUGAAAAAUGAUCAAACGCUGACUAAUCGAGCAUUGGCUGCUUUAACUUGCAAGCGCCGGGUUCUGCUAUCAGGGACACCAAUGCAAAAUGAUCUAGAAGAGUUUUAUGCUAUGGUUAAUUUCACCAAUCCUGGUAUCUUGGGCGAUGCUGCACACUUUCGGCGUUAUUAUGAGGCACCAAUAAUUUGUGGUAGGGAACCCACUGCUGUCGAGGAAGAGAAGAAAUUAGGAUCUGACCGCUCUGCUGAACUAAGUUCAAAAGUUAAUCAGUUUAUUUUGAGGAGGACAAAUGCGUUAUUGUCAAACCACCUACCACCAAAGAUAAUCGAAGUUGUUUGUUGCAAGUUGACACCUCUCCAGUCAGAUCUGUACAAUCAUUUUAUACAUUCGAAAAAUGUGAAACGAGCUAUCACUGAAGAAGCAAAGCAAUCAAAAAUCUUAGCUUAUAUAACAGCUCUGAAGAAGCUUUGCAAUCAUCCGAAGUCAGUUUUGCAAGUAACAAAACUGUUGCUUACUAAUGUCAAAUAUUCGAAGCUGAUAUACGACACAAUACGAAGUGGAAGUCCAGGGACAUCAGGAUUUGAGGACUGCAUCCGCUUUUUCCCUCCAGAAAUGUUUUCUGGAAGGUGUGGCUCAUGGACUGGCGGAGCUGGGUCGUGGGUUGAACUGUCAGGGAAAAUGCAUGUCUUAGCCCGGCUACUGGCUCAACUUCGUCAGAAAACUGAUGAUAGGAUUGUUUUGGUUUCCAAUUACACACAGACGCUGGACCUUUUCUCUCAAUUAUGCCGUGAAAGGAGAUAUCCCUUCUUAAGACUUGAUGGAACUACAUCAAUUAGUAAAAGACAGAAGCUAGUUAAUCGUUUCAAUGAUCCAACAAAGGAUGAGUUUGCAUUUCUGUUGAGCAGCAAGGCUGGAGGUUGUGGUCUUAAUUUGAUCGGUGGGAACCGUCUGGUUUUGUUUGAUCCUGAUUGGAAUCCAGCCAAUGACAAACAGGCUGCUGCAAGAGUCUGGAGAGAUGGACAAAAGAAGAGGGUCUACAUCUAUAGGUUUUUGAGUACUGGAACUAUUGAAGAAAAGGUGUACCAGCGUCAGAUGUCAAAGGAGGGUCUUCAGAAAGUUAUUCAGCAGGAACAAAUAGAUUCUGAUAUCCAGGGAAACUUUCUCUCUGCAGAAGACCUGCGGGACCUGUUCGCAUUUCAUGAUAGUGUGAGGUCUGAGAUUCACGAAAAAAUGAGCUGCAACCGCUGCCAACCAGAUGCAGUGAUGCCAGAUGACAACCCAAUAGCUGAUUUCAACACUCAGGGUCUUCAGCCCGACCAAGAGGAUAUUGGGGGAUUUGCAGGCGUAGCUGGUUGUCUGCAUACAUUACGAAGCUCGGAGAAACAGAUUGGAGCUCCAAAGGAAGAGGAUUUAGCCGGUUGGGGUCAUCAUUUUUCCCCAAAAUCUGUGCCAGAUGUAAUUUUCCAGUCUGCAGCAGGAAACGAGGUUUCUUUUGUUUUCUCUUGCCAAGUAGAUGGGAAGCUUGUGCCUGUUGAAUCAACACUAAAACCAAGACACGAGGUGGAGAAUAGAGAAUUGUCUCAUUUCAAAGAAAAACUUUUGAAAAAGUCCAAUUUUUCAUCUCCACGACGAGCACCAUCAUUACCAACAUUGUCAUCAAGCAAGCAAUCCAGCGAGAAGGAAAAUUCAAUUCAGAAACUGAAUUUGAUAUCGCAAGCUCAAGCGCUGUCAACAUCAACUCCUAAUGAAAUUUCUAUGAGUACAUUACCUGCAUUUUUCAAACCUUUGCAAAAGCCAAGAAGCAAGUUAAAUAGAUCUUUAGAGGAUACUAAAAUAAACUUGAAGAACAAACUCUUUUCCGAGAAUCAUUUGCCCAGAAAGAGAUUAUCUCCCGAUUACAUAGAUGAUGAUGAUUUUGCCUAGAUUUUGUUCCUUUGCGUUGUUUCCUUCAUAUGUUUCACUUUACCUGGCUACAAUUUAACAAUAUCUGGAGCUAUCAAACCAGUCCUAUAUGUUUCAGUUAUACCGGGUUCUCAGUAAUGAACCUAAGUAGCUUUUUGUAGAGGCAUUUGAUUGGUGAAAUAUUUACACUGAAGGCAUGGCAAAAAAUUUGAUGGUAUGGACCAUUCUUCUGGCUUCAAUUAAGGAACAUUCACAUUAGUUGAUUCUUAUGUUUUGCAGAUAUUUCUUAUUUUCUCCCAUUGUGGCAUGCUGGAAGGAGACUUCUUGAUAUGUAGGUUUUAUCUUCAUAUAUACAAUGGACAAACCAAAGUUGAACUUC